UGGAACUGAAUCAUCAAGAGGAAACACAGAGCAUCAGGAGGCUACCAGGAUGGAGAGCCUCCAGCCUGCUACAGAAAUGCCCUUUGCUGAGAUCAUCGUACCAGUGGGCAGAAUAACUUUUGGAGAAGAGAGCAGAAAGAAGAUGACCAAUAGCUAUUUGAAAAGAAAUGAGAAUCUGAACAUCAUCCGAGCCAUCUGUGCACUGCUAAAUUCUGGAGGGGGUGUGAUCAAAGCAGAGAUUGUUGAUAAAAGCUACAGUUACCAAUGCCAUGGGCUGGGACAGGAUUUGGAAACUUCCUUUCAAAAGCUCCUUCCUUCAGGUUCCCAGAAGUACCUUGACUACAUGCAGCAUGGUCACCAUCUCCUGAUUUUUGUGAAGUCAUGGAACCCUGAUGCUUUUAGCCUCCCACUUAGGAUUUGCAGCUUGCGCUCCAAUUUAUAUCUGAGAGAUGUGACCUCUGCUAUCAAUUUGAGUGCCAGAAGUGCCCUGGAGCUUCUCAGAGAGAAGGCAUCUGGAGCCCAAAGAGGUAGAUCAAGGUUGCAUCCUCAAAGAGUUCCCAACAGAUGCAUUCAGGAAGAGGAAGAUAUGAAGGUGGCUGCCUCAGAAUUUUUUGAAAAUGAUAAACUCGUGUAUAAGGAGAAGCUCAACUUUACAGAGUCAACACAUGUUGAGUUUAAAAGGUUCACCACUAAAAAGGUUGUCCCUCGGAUUAAAGAAAUGCUGCCUCAUUAUGUUUCUGCAUUUGCCAACACUCAAGGGGGAUACUUAAUUAUUGGGGUUGAUGAUAAGAGUAAAGAAGUGUUUGGAUGUAAGAGAGAAAAAGUGAACCCUGACUUACUACAAAAAGAAAUAGAAAACUGCAUAGAAAAGUUACCUAUAUUCCACUUCUGUUGUGAGAAGCCCAAGGUGAAUUUCACUACCAAAAUCUUGAAGGUGUACCACAAAGAUGCCCUGUAUGGUUAUGUCUGUGUGAUUCGAGUAGAACCCUUCUGUUGUGUAGUAUUUGCAGAGGCUCCGGAUUCCUGGAUCAUGAGGGACAAGUCUGUCACAAGGCUGAAAGCUGAGCAGUGGGUGGUCAUGAUGCUGGAUAUUCAGUCAGAGAUGCCCUGGAGUGAGAAUAUUAGAGUUGGAAGGAAACAGGGAUUGUCACCUCACUCUUGCACGAGACAGAGGUCUGUUAAGAGAACUACGCCACACUGGCUUAUAAUCAGGAGGAGCCUGGGGUCACCUGAAGUCCCGGUAAACGCAGCUUCUCAGCCUCAGGACUAUGACGUUUUGAGUCUUUGGGAUGACGUGAUAUUUUCUAGAAGCUGGGCUGGUGAUGUUGGUGUAAGGAAAGAGCAGAACGUCCUGUGUGGAUGCUCUCCUGGUAGCAGUCAACAGCCCCUGGUUCUCUAUACAGUCAUAGUAGACCUGUGUUGGACUGGAGGGCUUGAAUAUGCCAAGAUCACUGUCCAAUUAAAGCAGAAGCUGCAAAAUGUCGGUGGCUACACUGGGAAAAUGUGUGUCAUAAGGCUGAUCCACUUGACCAGCACACAGUGUAGACAUGGUGAACUCCCUGUCUACCCCCAAUCCUACAGGCUGGCCAGUGGAGAAGAAGUGGAGGACUUUUGGCAGGCCCUUGUGGUUCUCCUGUGCUCUAGGUCUCUUUCUGGGUGACAGCUGGGAUGUGAAUUUUUCGACUUGCUUGUAUCAGAGCAGUGCGAGUCACUUUCUGAAAGCCUUCAGGAAACCCGAGAAUUAUUCAUUCAUUGCUUUCCAGGAACCAGAAAGACAGCCCUCGUCAUAAAGACCAUGGAGAAAGUAAAGGACUUCUUCCACUGCAAACCAAAAGAGAUCCUCUAUGUUUGUGAAAGUGACUCCCUAAGGGAUUUUGUGAUGCAACAAACCACCUGCCAAGCUGUAACCCGGAAAACCUUCAUGCAAGGGGAGUUCCCAAAGAUUAAGCACAUAGUGAUGGAUGAAACUGAGAAUUUCUGCAGUCAAUACGGCGAUUGGUACAUGAAGGCCUGGAGCAUCACCCACCCAAAGGUGAAGGGGACUGGAAGUGAAGACCUUCGCCACAGAAUCCUCUGGCUUUUUCUGGAUCCUUUCCAAGUCCAUCAUGCAGAUGUCAAUGGCCUCCCCCCUCCUUCUGCUCAGUUUCCUCGGAAAACAAUCACUGAUGGGAUCCAUUGUGCUCUGGAGAUAGCCAAGAUCAUGAAAGAAGAAAUGAAAAGGAUCAAAGAAAACCCUCCUUCCCAUAUGUCUCCAGACACAUUGGCAUUGUUCCAGGAGGAUGCCUAUGAGGAAGCAAUGUGUGCUCAGGCUCUGCCUGGAACGUAUGAGACCAAGACCAACCUGACAGCAGAGCAAAUAGCAAAAUAUGUGGCAGAAAGAUGUCACAGCCUGUUCCAAUGUGGCUACCUGCCCAGAGAUGUAGCAAUUCUGUGCAGGAGAGGGGAGGACAGAGGACGCUAUAAGCUUGAGCUGCUAAGAGCAAUGGAAUUAAUGAAGACUCAUGGAGAGGUUGUGUUCAGCCAGGCUGCUGGUGUUCAGAACACUCACAUCAUUUUAGACAGUGUUCAGCAGUUUUCAGGCCUGCAGAGGAAUAUUGUGUUUGGGCUUAAUCCAGAAUGUACCCAAGCUGAGGAAUUUCACAAGCUCUGCUUUGCCUCAAAAGCCAUUAAACACCUCUACCUGCUUUAUGAAAAGAGGAUAGCCUUCUGAACAUUGUUAUACACAACACAGGAAGCCAGAAGGAGCAGAGUCUCUUUUCCCAGACAAGUGGCAGCUACUCCUUUUUAAUAUUACAAGUAAGGAAAUCAAGGCACAUCUUAUGGCCUUGGCACAUCUCUUGGGACUGAUCCUUCACUCUGUUUGCAAUGGCAGAUGUAUAAUUGGUCCCCUGUCUCUAGCUUCCCUAGCUCAAUGGGGCUUUUAUUUUGUCACCCAACGAGGUUAUCCUCACAUAGAGCUGUGUUUAUGAAAUCUUCUACUUGCAUACCUCCAGUGAGUAUCCAUAGCCUUCAAACCAAACCAAUUUCCAAGUGUUUCUAGGAUGUACCCUGACUAACUCUCCUAAACACAUCUUUGAUUAUCUGUCCAUAUAAUCCACCCUAGCCUUACUGGUCCAUUUUGUGCAUGGUAGAAGGUGCCCUUCAGGCCAAUUAUCCUGAGUGGGUGUCUAAGAGCAGCACCUUGGUUAGCAUCUCAUACUAGCUGUGGGUCUUAGGUUUUACAGGUUCAGAAUUUGAUUUCCUCUUUCCACCAAGUCUACAUCAAUCUCUUGGGGACAACUUCAGGCCAACUAAACUCACAAAAGGCCAAUGCAUGAGUGAAAGUGCCACUCUGCUCACUUACAAUGAGGAUUGUAGGAACAAGGGGGCUAGGGGCUUUUGCUAAUCUGUUUAUUUGGCAAGAGCAUAAGAAGCCAGAUGAUAUGAGCAGAGCCUUGCCAUAAAAGGGGGCUAAGGGCCAGUGUGAGCUUAGUGGUCAGCUGUCCUGGGCAUGGAUUGAACAGAAAACCCUCUGCCUGCCUCCUGCCGCACCAAGUACUUAAUGUUUUCUUUCUUUUUUCCCCCUGUAUGGCCUUAAUCUGAUGGAUAAAACAAUUACCUUAAUAAAAUAAUUAAGAUUAAAAAGUGUUGCCUAUGUUGAGAUGCUUCUAAAACGUUUUAUUUUUUACACCCUAAAACUUUUUAAAAGAGGGUAAUGUAAUAUUAUCACCUAAGCUUGAGAAAUGAAGAAAGGAAAAAAUAAAAAAUUUUGAAUCAUCUCAUUAUCCAGGCAUAACAUUUUGCUUAUUAUUGCCUUUUUUUUUCUUUUUUGGCAGAACUGGGAUUUGAACUCAGGGCUUCAUGCUUGCUAGGCAGGUGAUCUACUGC